AAGGGGAGGUUGUGCGUGGUAACGUGUAGUGCACCCAAAAAUACUCGCCGCUAUUGAGCUAUGUAUUUUCCAAACCGUUUUUGGACUCCGACAAGGUUUAACGGGUAUAAUAGCGAAAGGCGUCGAUCCUGAAUGGACAUCCUGGUCUGCUGUGUCCUGAGGAUUCUGCAACCUGAAUGCGAGUAUCUGCGUGAAUGUGAAUAUUGUAAACAAUGAACGCUUUCAUCCCGAUCAGAUAAUCUGGGAUUCAUCCAAGACUGCAACCGUAUUUCAUGGGAACCGCAUUAGAUUUAAGUCCAUAAAGAUGUCCAAAAUUGAGCGUCUCAAUGCCCGAUUGGAAAAGCUGCUGUCUAAAGUGGUGCGGGAGGUUCUGGAUGUGGUGAAAGAGACUGUGUCAGAGUACCAGGAGAAAACAGCCAGAACACAGAGAGAGAACCAGAGUCUCAAGAGGAAGCUGCAGGAGCUCCAGGAUAAGAUAAACCUGGAGAGCAGUGGGACUGUGCCACAAAUUUCCACUGCAACCCAGCAGGGCAAGGUGGAAGAGAGACAGAGAGAAGAGCUGGAAAAGGACAUUGAUCUCCUCCCUACUGAUAAGGACAUUGCAGAUUCAUUUGAAGACCUUGACUGUGAAGCAUCCAUCACAUCAAUAGCCACCCCCUGUCUCUCCCCUAAAGCUGUGAUAGGACCACAUUUAGCUGGUGAUAACUUGUACAAUCCAAGAACUCUUAAAACUGAGAAUGAUAAUGGACUGUCAACACCAGCAACAAAUCAUGUAGACCCCAUUAUUACUAUUGAAAUCAAUGAAAAUGAUUCUGAUUUACCCUUUAAAUCAAAUGAGAUGAAAGUAGAGCCCACAUCGGAUGAAGACACCAUUCGCGAACGUACAAAUUAUUUUCAUGUCAAUGCUGCAACGAGCUCUACAUCCUUAAACAGAAUAAACCUAGAACCUCCUCAAAUCAAUUUAGGACUCUACAGUUCGUCAGGGGUUGUCUUCAGCCUGGGACAAAAUGGCAUAGAAGAGACACUAACUCAAAGAUACACUAACACAAAUAGUGUUAGUGCAGAAAAACAACAUAACACUCUAACAAACACUAAAGCGGCCGGUUCAGACUCCGGAGGUUUCCAGAGAAACAUCAGAAAGCACUACAGCUGCUCGCUGUGUGGUCGCACCUUCAGGCACGCAGGUGACUUCAAGAAACACAACAGGGUGCACACGGGGGAGAAGCCGUACUGCUGCUCGGUGUGUGGGAAGCGCUUCAGUCAGUCGGGCUACUUGACGGUGCAUCUGCGCUACCACACAGGAGAAAAGCCUUUUGGCUGCAGUCAUUGUGGCAAAAGUUUCAGCCACUCGAGUAACAUGAAAAAACACCAGCAAACUCAUCUGUGAGGCUGCUGUGUUUUUGCAAAGCUGGUCUUUAAGCUGCCGUAGAAGGAUAAUGCAAGGUGCAAAGUGCGCGAGCGUCUUUUUGGAGGUCAGCUGAGCGAACUGCAAUGGUGUUUAUAAAAAUAAUGUAGCUUCAUGGAAAAGUUAUUUAUUACAUGAUUAAUUGUGCCUUCUUUUAUCAAAGUAGAACAAGCCUUUUGUAGAGCACGUCAAAUUCAAAAGUGGAAGCACAAUCAAACUAUUCCUACUGUUCCUGCCUUACUGAUGUUUGUCAGAUGUUAAGAAGUUUGUUUACUGUGUUACUUUCUGUAUCCUGGAGCUUGUAUGAACCUCCACAUACAUUUCUAAAUCAAAUAAAUGUAUUUGGUACUUC